CGUCGGCCACUUCCGGUUACAUGACGACGACGACGGCGUUGAUACAAAAAAAGAGAAGGAAAACACAAGGAAAAUACAUUUCUCGGCGAGAGCAGCUGAAACUUGACACAAUUAGGCAGAUUGAUGUUAGCGGGUUGCUUAUGCGGCGACACAACCAACGACGGACGUCAAGUUAGUGUGGCCGGAUAACGAUACAGGCAGCGGAGGAUCCCAGAUAUUUGGAGUUUAUUGUUCCUCUCUUCGCCUGCUCCCUCCAGCUAAGCUAUUUCUGUGUUGCCCUGCGCUGCAUAGCCGAGCUAGCUGACGUUAGCCAACGCUGGAUGCCAACGCGGUGUUCUUACUGCUCAGUUUAACAAGCGCCUAGGAAGUAAACAGCGCCGUUAAUCCGUUCAGUUUGCAGCUGGACUCCCGCUACCCCCGGCUAGCUCAGUCACUUCAGUUGGGCAAGAAUGGCAACAUCGGCUCUGUACGCCUGUACGAAGUGUAACCAGCGGUACCCCUUCGAGGAGCUGUCGCAGGGCCAGCAACUGUGCAAGGAGUGUCGCAUCGCACACCCAAUAGUGAAGUGCACAUACUGCAGGUCUGAGUUUCAGCAGGAAAGCAAAACCAACACGAUCUGCAAGAAAUGUGCCCAGAAUGUCAAACAGUUUGGAACUCCCAAACCUUGCCAGUACUGUAACAUCAUUGCAGCGUUUAUUGGGACAAAGUGCCAGCGUUGUACUAACUCAGAGAAGAAAUAUGGACCCCCACAGACUUGUGAACAGUGCAAACAACAGUGCGCCUUUGACCGUAAGGAGGAGGGCAGGAGAAAGGUGGAUGGAAAACUGCUGUGCUGGCUCUGUACGCUGUCCUACCGUCGUGUCCUCCAGAAGACUAAGGAGCAGAGGAAGGGCUUCGGUUCCUCCAACUCCUCUUCUCUGAAUGAGAAAGACCACCACUCCAGACCACACCAUCAUCACCACCACCACCAACACAGACACAGCAGUUCUCACCACAAAUUGAGUGGGAGCCUGAGUCCUGAUCAGGAGCAGGGACUGUGGAAACAGAGCCAUAAAUCGUCUUCAAUCCAGAAGGAGACCCCAAAGAAGAAACCAAAACUGGAGAUGAAGCCAUCCAAUGGGGACAGUAGUUCCAUUACCCAGUCUAUGGAUUCUGGAGGAACGGACAACUUCAUUCUCAUCAGUCAACUGAAAGAGGAAGUCAUGUCACUGAAGAGACUUCUGCAGCAACGGGAUCAGACCAUUCUGGAGAAGGACCGAAAGCUCACCGAGCUCAAAGCAGACUUUCAGUAUCAGGAGUCAAAUAUGAGAGUGAAGAUGAACCAAAUGGAGAAGUCACACAAAGAAGCUAUGGAGCAACAGCAGACCAAGAACAGAGAGUUGAUGAAACAAGUGGCUGCCCUCUCAAAGGGAAAAAAGUUUGACCGGACUGGGAGUUCUCUGCUGUUGCCCUAACAGUAGGCCAACCAGCGAGUAACAACACAGAGCGGCUUCAUACUUGUAACACUGUGAAAGUCUCUCUCCUGUGUUUCCUCAUUGCCAUCAACAUCAAUUACUCUUUAAUUGGUAAAGCCAGAGACCAUGUUGUACAUGGAAAACAAUUGUUAAAUCAAAGAAAGCUUUUCUCUAAAUGUCAACGUAUUUUAGAUAUUUUAUGGCGACUUUUCCACUGGAUCAUAGGACGUGACUUUGGAUGGAGCCUUCAUUUUUAACACUGCCGGGCCAAAACAAAACGCAUGGUGUGCAUACGUGGAUAGCAUUCUGUUGACUCAAUGUAUCCACUUAACCAUUAUGGAUGUCAUGCAUUUUAUUUAUUCAACUGUAUUUCUUAGCUUUUUUUAUUUCCUCACAACAUAUGAAGAGAACAUCCCACAUUUUGGGGGUUUCUUCAAUAGCAAUUAGUUCUAUUUUUCUAAAUGGAUUGUGGAAGACAAGUUCUCCUUAACGGAGGCCAUAUACAUCUUUACAACGUAUGCAAAUGUGGGAAGGGUGACCACCGAGCUGCUGCUCAACAGUAGAGAAAUCUCUCAGUUACAGUUCAUAAGACAACCAAUGAUCAUGAAAGGCCGUCUGGUAGACGCCCCUUGGCUGCCCCUCUUUCUCACUGUGUGACAGCUGUAGUGCUUUGCUGUUUCUCUUUAGUGGAACGAUUGUAAUACUGCAUGAUUUUACUGCCAGGUACCGGAUGGCAUUGUGGUCAGACUUCUUUUUGUCCCUCCCUCCUCCUCCUCUUUUACUGAGUUUUUUAAGAAUCACUUGUAAAUGUAUCACUGGGGUCAGCCGUUGUAUUUAAACUAUUGCUUGUAUCUGUUUUAGUGAGUACAGUAUGUGUAUGGUAAGGCCAGUUGAAAUUAACAUGUCUGUAGAAGAUGCUUUUUAAAGGAACACACCUAUCACCCUACAUUAUUGGGCUGGUUUCAUACUGUGGCGUCCAGGAUCACUUUUGUACUUUUUUCCAAUCCAAGUGUUUUAAAACUAUUAAAACUGGCUAAACGGUU